AUGGUGAUGAAUUGCGAUUGGUCCAAACCUUCGACCAGCGGCUUCUUGCGACCUGCCCAGAAUGCCCAUACAUACCAAGACCUUGUUCACACAGCGAAUAAAGGCCGGGUGGAAGGGGGCAAUCAGCUGGCUGCUUCUUGGCCACGCCCCCCUGCUUAUAGAUACGAUAUACUUGAUCUAAAUUCUCAAAUAGGAAAUUGCAUACCAUUAGCCGAUAUACGUAUAGGAACAUGGGUACAUGAUAUUGAAUGUAAUCCAGGUCAAGGCGCAAAGCUGGCUCGAGCCGCAGGAACUUUUGCAAAAAUAAUGAAGGAACCAGCACCACAAUGUCUUGUGCGGCUACCUUCGGGUGUUGAAAAACUCAUUGAUUCCCGAUGCCGAGCUACUAUUGGUAUAGUUUCCAAUCCCAACCAUGGUGCACGUAAGCUUAGAAAAGCUGGACAAAGCCGGUGGUUAGGCAGACGCCCCAUUGUUCGUGGUGUUGCAAUGAAUCCAGUGGAUCAUCCUCAUGGAGGAGGUGAGGGGCGCACGAAAGGAGGUAGACCUUCGGUGUCACCUUGGGGGAAGCCCACCAAAGCUGGAUUUCGGGCAGGGGUGGGGAAACGCAGAAAUUAG